UCGGCGAGCUCUCGUCUCGGGUGCUGACUGCCAGCCGGGUGGCCAGGUCAGAGCCCGGGGCGGCAGACGGGUGACGCUCGUUGACCAGUGGCGGCUUACAGGAGCGGCGGGCCGUGCACUGAGUGUUGCCGGGGACCUGAGUGUCGGCGGAUACCGAGCGGACCGACGCACCGCCGGCAGACAGCGAUAGUGACCAGACCGCGUCACGGAACAGCUGGAGCGGUGCGCACGCUGCGGGUCACCGGGAGAGCAGCCGGCGAGGCGACCAGCGCCAGCGAUCACGCCAGCUGUGAGGCUGUGCGCCUCUCACGAGUGUGGUGAUCUGACGGCCGACCAGCGCGCAGCACGGGCAGCCAGGGCAGCCGCGGGGCGGCCGGGCAUGGGGCGGGCAGUGCAGACCGCAGGCAGGACUGGUCGGCCGGCGGCCCGGCCGGGCUCGCGGCUGGGUUCCGUCACGAGCCUCCGACUGAUGGUGACGCUGCUCGUCCUGGUCAUCGCCGACACAGGCCGGUGUCUCGACCUCACCAAGCUGGAGCUGGAUUCACAAGGCGAGGACCCGUCUGAUGUCGCGCCAGCUGCACAUGAGAUGGUGGACCAGGCGUGCUCGCCCGACUCAACAAAGUGCAAAUUCACGUGCACGCUGCGUGACCUAGCCGUGACUCCCAUCGACAGCGAUCAGUCCACCUGUCCGGAUGCCGUCAUCACGUGGACGUUCAGCGGCUCGGCCGAUUCGGUGGUGCGGCUCCGUCUGGCGCCGGCCGGGUCCGGCACCCGCUUCGGUCCGGGCGAGAGCCUGACGCUGCGAGACGACGGCGGAGAGCUGGCGGCGCUGACGCAGGCCGGCGAGGCCUGGGUGGCGAGCCGCGGCGCCAGCCUCACCGCCGAGUAUCGGCGCGCCGGAGAUCAGGCCCAGCGCGGUCGCGUGAUCAUGACGCUUGUAGCCUACAACACCACCCGUGAAAACAUCACUUUGACUGCUCUGAGCGGCGUAUUGGAGGCCCCUGAACAGACCAACUGGACUCACCUACCCGACUACGCGCUCAACACGGAGAUCCUCUGGACGCUGGACAUUCACGCCUAUCACAUCAACAUCACUGUGGAGCAGCUGGAUCUGGAGCCGACAGCUAACGACUUUAUCAUAUGCGGCUACGGGAGUGGACCCUGGGACUCCGAGCCCGCUGGUGACCUGCUCACCGGCGUGUUCAGCACCAGGAAGUACCACAUUCCGGGCGGAAAUGCGUUCGUAUACUUCCUGUCGGGGGGCCACGCCGAGCCCCGAACACCGUUCAUCAUCAGCUACGUCGCAGAGGAGAUCGCCGGCUCAACCACCACCGUGUCGAGCACGACGGACAAGAACCACCCGCCGACGCCGAGCGACCGCUCGUUCGACCUGGCCGUGUACGUGACGGGCACCGAGCCGCGCCGCUUCCUCAACAGCUCCACCGGCGCCACCGCGCAGCUGCAGGAGCAGCUCGCCCACUUCACCAACAUGUACCGGAUCGAGUACAACAUCAACACGUGGCGGCCAGUGCACGCCGACGACAUCCGGUUCGAUUUCUGGAGCAUGUGCGACUACUCCUCCGGCUGGGUCAAGCCCGAUCCGACGUGUUUCCGGCUGACGUGGUAUGUGGAGAUCGUCUCGGAAGACGGCGACUGGGUCUUCUUCACGGACGACCUGGUCCAAGUCAUCGUCAAGUUCGGUGAUAAGAUCAACAACGCGCUCAAGUACAAGGUGUCCUUGUACCUGGAGGAAAUCAAUGAAAAGUGGUGGUAUGGCAUUGCUAUUGCUGUCCCUCUCGUCCUCCUGGCCGCAUUUCUACUGUUUGUUUUCUUCAGCCGCUCAACCCCGUCCAGGAAAAGAGACCAGCCGUCAGACAGUAUGGACAUGGACGAUGGCUGUCUGGCGGACGACGUGAUCGCUGGGAAGGACGUCACCGCCAUCUCUCGGGAAGUGAAGACGAUUCCCGAGGACAAAGACAAACAGCUGCGCGACAUCUUCAACGACGAUGACUACCAGGACUACGACCCGGAGCUGCGCAGCCGGCACCGGCGUCGAGAGCUGCACGCGCGCCUGCCGCCGACCAGCCCGCUGAAGUCGGCGCUCAAGCCGUCCAAGCCCUCCCCGGUGACGUACUCGAACGCCGCCUUCGAGUCGGAAGAGGCGGCGCCGAUAGCCAAGAAUGGCAGCCAGAUCUUCUUCCCGCCGGAGCAGCCGGUGCCGGAGCAGGUGCCGGAGUCGGUCCCAGCGUCGGCCGAGCUCACCGAGCAGCUGCGCCUGCUCAACAAACUGGACAGCAUGGCGACGGAGAAGGUGCCAGGCCUGGAGCUGCCGCGUGUCAACCAGCUAGUGAAGCCAGUCGACAACUUGGAGGGCCAGCCCAAGAUAUACAGCAUGAACGAUGACGGAACGGGCAUGGAGGUCAGCGACCCUCGUCCAGGCGAAAAGAUUCUGCAACUGGAUGGGGAUAAUGAGGAUAAGGAAACCUCGUCCAUAUAAUGUGUGAAGCGUUCCGCGUGUCCUGUUUGGCUAUUCUGGAGGGCUGGUUUGGCUGAGCGCUUCUGGGUGCCGUAUGAGUUGGUGCCGGUCGUGAAACCGGUGGGGACGUGGCGACUAAAUUGCAGCAUGCAAAUAUCUGCUACAAUUACACGCACCCGCGCGAAAGUGUCUUGUCGCUGGUGAGAUGUUGUUCACUUUGAUAACCACAACCGCUUGAUUUCUUCAUAAACGUAUCGUCGCACUGUAUGUACAUAGAAAGUGCUCCCGUAACUUGUGAGGCCACCUUGUUACCAGCAGCCAACUACUCUAGCCAAGGAUCUAUGGCACUUUCCCCUCAUGAGAGGUUUCCUUUAAUGCAGCCGUAUGGCAUGGCAUGUUAGCCCUAAAAUUGUACGAAAUGGAUCAACAAGCAGUGCAUGAGGAGGUGGAGCAAUG